UCACUAGUGAGAGACAGAGAAACAAACGCUCGCUCACUCAUCGAUCACUCUCAUUUCUUUCUUUCGUUCUUUUUCGUCUUUUUUUUUUUGUUAUUCUUUUUCUCGUUCGCUUGUUCAUCGCCAUCAUUAGCAACAAAGAUCUUGCUUGCUUCCAAUCGUCCCGAAUUUUAGUGAAAUUUUCGAGAUUGGUUUGGUCUUUUCUCGCGGAAUUCGGGGAUUCGCAUCGAUAAUCUGAUCUGGGUUUUGCUGAUUUUUUCUUCCUGAUGUUCUGUUUCGUCGCCAUUUGGGUUGUUAUCUUGCGUGUGAUGGGAUCGAUGAUUUCAGCAUUCUUGGAUGUUCUUUGAUCGGCGUCCAAGUUGGUAACCGUUUUUCUUAGCUGAUCUGUGUGCUUUUAAUUGUUCAUUGAAUUAAUUGCUGUGAGUCAGAUGGAAGAAGAAGGUCGAGGAGUGAUGAAACAUGUGUGUAAGUUCUGCAGCAAGAGCUUCCCUUGUGGUAGAUCUUUAGGAGGUCACAUGAGGUCACACAUCACCAAUGUUUCAGCUGAAGCAGAGGAGAAACUCGCGACGACGAAGAAGAUUCAAUCUGUCAUCAAUGACGGAGCUGGAAGCAGUAAGGUUGGAGAGUACGAUCUCAGAGAGAAUCCCAAAAAGACUUGGAGAUUCGCUGAUUCAAGAAGCGGGGAAGCACCACUAGUCACUGAGGACAAAUUCUGCAAAGAGUGUGGUAAAGCGUUUCCCUCUUGGAAAGCUCUUUUUGGUCACAUGAAAUGCCAUUCUGAGAAAGCUUCCAUUAACAACAAUAACAACUUGGAGAAUCAAGCUUCUGCUAGCCAGAAAGUCGUCACAGACAGCCAAUCAGACAACGAAGGCACUGGCAAUCCGCACCGAAGAAGAAGAUCCAAGAGAAGAACGAGGUUCGUGACCACUGCUUCCACUUCGUCUCUGUCUUUUGCAAAUCCUUCGUCCUCUGUUUCUGAGGCUGAACAAGAGCAAGAAGAGGUUGCUAUGAGCUUGAUGAUGCUAAGUAGGGACGUGGGUCAUUGGGGUGGUUUGAAUUCUGUUGUUGAGUCCUCUGAUAACAAUUCUGCAUAUUUCGAAGCUCGGUCUUAUGUGGUUCGAACUAAUCUCAGUAGCAAAAUUGAAGCGGGCAAAGUAAAACUGACUAUUGGCAGUAACUCUGAAUCUGCGAACUUGAACUCGAAAGGGAAGAAACCAGAGAGUUUAGCAACUGGGUCUGCGUUGAAUGGGUUCAAAGCGAUCAAAGCAACAGUUUCCAUUAAUGGGUUGGUCAAGAAUUGUAAAGAAAAGAAGCAUGAGCUUGAUAACCAGUCGACAUUGGAGGAUUCUGAAGACGAACUGUGGAAGAGCGAGGUCAAUGGAACAGAACUAGAUUCAGCAGUAAAGAGGAGGUUCUCAGAUUCUGAGAUGAAGUCAAAUUGCAAGAAAGGGAAGUUCAAGUGUACUACUUGCAACAAGAUCUUCCCUUCGUACCAAGCUCUGGGGGGCCACAGAUCUAGUCAUAAGAAGCUGAAAGGCUGCUCUGCUUCAAGAAACGAGAGCAGCGAAAACAGCAUAGAAACAGACCUCAACAAUGGGUAUGUCAUCGAAAAGCAAGAACUUAUUGGCUCUGUUAAUUUUGAGAAUGAGGAAGAGAUAAUUACAGAACCCAAGAAGAACAAAGUACACGAGUGUCCAAUUUGCCUCAAGGUUUUUCCAUCCGGCCAAGCUUUGGGUGGUCACAAAAGAUCUCAUUUCGCAGCUGAAGGGUCACUAGUACUUGAGAAACCAGUUCAGGAAAUCAGAGACUUUCUUGAUCUUAAUCUUCCAGCUUCUGCAGAAGAAGAAAGCAACAGUCAAGUGGAGAAUUACCCCCCAUGGUGGGUGGUACAAGGCCAUCAUCAUCAUCACCACCCCAAGCAAGAAGCACUGGUUGGCCUCCUAUCUAACUGAUGAUAAAGUCAUUUCAGAUUCCCAAAAGCUGUAUAGAACAAGUUCCUGCAUUUAUUUCAUUAAUUCUUUCGAGGUACUUCUUCUCAUCCGAUAUUUUUCAUCAUCAGUCAGUUCAUAAAAGGACGAUGAACCCGCAGUUUUUUUCACUUUGCCGAUUUUUUUUUUUUUGGUUGGUAAUGGAAUUACUAUGAUAUCCUGUGCUGUGUCCAUGGAAUAAGUCUCAUUGGAACAGACUGAGCAUUAUACAUUUCUGUCUUCACAUGUACCUUUUUCCCCCCCUAUCUGUAUGAAAUUCCAAAAGUGACAUGGUUGAGAGGUAA